AUGGACCUGGCAUCCAAUCCAAUCGUUCUAGCUGCUAUCAUUGGUCUUCUGCUCUGCGCAUUCGUGGUCUCUCACACUCGUCUGCGGAACAAGAAGCUUCCUCCAGGCCCAUCUCCACUCCCGAUCAUAGGCAAUCUUCAUCAGCUACCCUUGGAGUAUAAGCACCAGGUCUUUGCCGAAUGGGCCAAGAAAUACGGAGAUAUAUUCUACCUCAAUGUGUUCCACAAACCAACUGUAGUAAUCAGUUCUGUGCAAGUCGCCCACGAUUUGCUGGAGAAGCGUGGUUCGAAAUACUCUGACCGGCCACGGAUGGUCAUGCUGAAUGAAAUAAUGGGUUUUGAUUCUGUUCUAUCGAUAUUGCCAUAUGGAGACCAGUGGCGGUUACAUCGGCGAUGGUUUCAAUCGGCAUUCCAGGCAAAUACUGCAGAGCAAAACUACCGCAGCCUGCAAGAGAGAGGGGUCCGGCGUUUGCUGUCAGUGUUGCUCGACGCGCCUGCUGAUUUCAUGCUACAUAUAAAGAGAUAUUCUGGCUCAGCGAUGAUGGAGAUAGCUUACGGUCAUCCGUCAUCGUCUCCGGAUGUCGACUUUAUGGAUUGGGCAGACAAGCUUCUCACGGAAACAUUCGAACUCGGCAGUGCAGGCUCGACCCUGAUAGACUUCUUUCCCAUCCUGAAAAAUAUACCAAGCUGGAUGCCUGGAAAUGGACUCAAACGAAGGGCUUGCAACCUUGCAGCCAUGGUGAGGAUCAUGCUUGAUGAGCCAUACGAACGGGUGCAGAGAGCGCUGGCCGCCGGAUCUACCCAGCCCUCGUUCCUAUCUGAAUUACUCGACGAGUACUCGAAGAAAGGUUCGAUAACUCUGGAGGACGAGUAUAAUUUAAAGGGUGCUGCUGCUAUGGUUUACAUAGCUGGCACUGACACGACAAUCUCCGUGAUGAUGUCAUUUGUGCUCGCCAUGGUGCUGUAUCCUGACGUCUAUCGAAAAGCACAAGCAGAGAUCAGUCGAGUAGUGGAGCAGUCACGUCUGCCCGUCUUUGAGGAUAGAUCUUCGAUGCCGUAUUUGGAAUGCGUGCUGAAGGAAGUAUACCGUUGGGGAUGCCCUCUGCCUUUCGUUAUACCACACCGAUUGUUGGAAGAUGACGAGUAUCGAGGUUAUCAUUUGCCGGCUGGGUCUCUGAUUAUACCAAAUGUCUGGGCUAUGUUCCGCGAUCCGGAUUUAUUUUCCGACCCUGACCGUUUCAUGCCAGAGCGAUUUGAGGAAUUUGAUUUUAGUUCUAAUCCGACUGUACCAGAUCCGUCCAAAGCCGCGUUCGGCUUUGGUAGAAGAUUUUGCCCUGGCCGAAAUUUUGGAGAUUCCACCGUCUGGCUAUUUGCUGCCAGCGUGUUGUCCACCAUGGACAUCUGCAAGGCAAAAGACGAAUUUGGCCGCGAAGUCACACCUAAGCCGCUCUUUUCAGAUGCUUUUGUUAGUCACCCACUCCCGUUCAAAUGUGAUUUUAAGCCUCGGUCGUUACAAGCGAUAGAGACCAUUGUUUCAUCUAGUAAGACUGACAUCGCAUGA